CAGGUGAAAGGUGUUGCUGAAUUGAUAGCAUCCAGCUCUCAGAGACGAUUCAAGGAGAAGCGGUGGGAUAAUUUCGCUGCAAUGAGUUUAAACCGGCUGUUUAUUUUUUCUAAAUACGUUAGAUUAGGGAGGCGGUUAUUGUCACCACGAGUUACACAGUCUGGGAAUGAAGUCACGUCAUAUUUGCAGUCUGAACGCUUUUUCAGGACACAUACGAGGAAACUUGCGUAUGCUAAAGACUUAUUUCUUGGCAAAGUAAACAAGGAGGAGGUCUUUCCCUACCCUGAGGUAAGCAGUGAAGAGCUAGAAGAGAUCAACCAGUUUGUUUCACCAGUAGAAAAGUUUUUCAGUGAAGACGUGGAUUCUAAGAGAAUCGACCAUGAAGCGAAAAUCCCUCCCGAAACCAUGAAUGGGUUGAAAGAGCUGGGUCUCUUUGGAAUCCAGGUGCCAGAGGAAUAUGGGGGGCUUGGCCUGUCUAAUACUAUGUAUGCCCGCCUGGGGGAGAUCAUAUCCUUGGAUGGCUCCAUUGCCGUAACACUAGCUGCUCAUCAAGCUAUAGGUCUAAAGGGGAUCCUGAUUGCUGGAAAUGAGGAGCAGAAAGCCAAAUACCUGCCCAAGCUGGCAACCGGGGAGCAUGUGGCAGCAUUCUGCCUGACUGAGCCUGGCAGUGGGAGUGAUGCUGCUUCCAUUCAGACUCGAGCCACGCUGACUGAGGAUGGGCAACAUUACCUGAUCAAUGGAUCAAAGAUCUGGAUAUCCAAUGGGGGGUUGGCUGAUAUUUUCACUGUGUUUGCAAGAACAGAGGUGGUGGACAAAGACGGUCAGAAGAAAGACAAAAUCUCUGCGUUCAUCGUGGAGAGGGCGUUCGGGGGCAUCACCAGCGGGAAGCCAGAGGACAAGCUGGGAAUUCGUGGGUCUAACACCUGUGAAGUGGUGUUUGAUAACACCAAGGUGCCAGUGGAGAAUGUAAUCGGGGAAGUUGGAGGCGGAUUUAAGGUGGCAAUGAACAUCCUGAACAGUGGGAGGUUCAGCAUGGGCAGUGCUGGUGCAGGAAUGAUCAAGAAGCUGAUAGAGAUGACAGCAGAAUAUGCAGGAACAAGGAAGCAGUUUAACAAGAGUCUCAGUGAGUUCGGAAUGGUCCAGGAAAAGUUUGCAGUGAUGGCUAUGAACGCCUUUGUGAUGGAGAGCAUGGCCUACCUGACGGCUGGGAUGAUGGACAGGCCAGGAGUGCCUGACUGUUCUCUGGAGGCUGCCAUGGUGAAGGUGUUCAGCUCGGAGGGAGGGUGGGUGUGCGUCAGUGAGGCCCUGCAGGUGCUGGGGGGGCUGGGCUACACUAAGAACUACCCCUACGAGCGUUACCUGAGGGACUGCAGGAUCCUGCUCAUCUUUGAGGGUACGAAUGAAAUCCUGAGGAUGUACAUUGCACUCACGGGAAUGCAGUAUGCUGGCAAAAUAUUGACGGGGAAAAUAAAGGAGAUGAAGAAGGGAAACGUGGGGGUGAUGCUGAAUGUUUGGGGGAAGAUGCUGCGAGACUCCUUCGGAAGCAAGGUGGAUCUGGGCCUGACUGGAAAAGAUGGGGUGGUGCACCCCAGCCUGACGGACAGUGCAAAGAUGUUUGAGGAGAAUGUGCACUUUUUUGGCACCACUGUUGAAAGACUACUUUACAGAUAUGGGAAGACAAUUGUAGAUGAACAGCUGGUUCUGAAGAGGGUGGCAGAUGUGCUCAUUAACCUGUACGCCAUGACCGCGGUCCUGUCCCGGGCUUCCCGCUCCAUUAGCAUCGGCCUGCGCAACCACGACCACGAGGUGCUUCUCGCAAACACAUUCUGCUCUGAAGCCUAUUUCAAAAACAACUUCUGGAUGAAUCAGCUGCAGAAAAAUGCACCUGAGAACAAUGAUGAUGGUAUAAAGAAGAUUGCCAAGGAGGUUCUUGCACAGAGGUCCUAUAUCUGCUCUCAUCCACUUGAUAGGACUUACUGAAGUCUUCUGUGAAUGACGGGGCUAAUGAGCUUCCUGAGGUCCAACUGGAUACCAUCUCUCCUCCUCACGUUCUUUCCCCCAUUUUAUAAUUUACUGUGACCUACUUUCGUGUCAUCGG